CUAGACUUUUUCUUUACAGAUUCGGUGUUUCGUAACAUUACCAACAACACCACGGAACCUAGCAGUAAAAAUUCGGCGUUUUUCAUACCUCCAAAUAUUCAAAUCGGAGUCACCAUAUUGGCAGUAUCGAUAUUUAUUCUUGCACUGAUCGGUAACAUCGUGGUUAUUUACAUCGUGUGUACGGUAAACCACAUGCGCAGCUCAACCAACACGCUCAUCGCCAACAUGGCCGUUGCUGAUCUGUUGAUGACUAUAGACAUACCGUACAUACUUAAAUUUUUCUACGUGGAUCAUAAAUGGUUUGGAACCUUCAUGGGCACCGUGUUAUGCAAGUUUUUUCACUCUGCUUAGGUGGGAUCUCUAAUAGCCUCCGUGUUUAGUUUAGUGGCAAUUUCUCUCGAUCGACGUUUUGCUAUCUUGUUUCCAAUGAAGACGGUUAUGACUAAGCACGUUGUACGUUUCGCGAUCGCUGUGGUCUGGCUAGGAGCGCUGGCUUUCUCACUUCCAGUCAUGGUGGCAUCUAAAACUGCACAACUUAAAGGCACGGAUUUCUUGAGUUGCGAAGAGGUCUGGGCGCCCAUGUCAGCAUCCACUUACAGCCUAGUUCUUCUUACAGGUGGGUACAUCAUUCCACUGAUAAUCAUCGCCGUUGUCUACAGUCUAGCUGGAGUACGUCUGUGGAACAGACAACUUCCUGGCGAUAAGAAUUUGGUCUCAAACAAAAACGCACAGUCGUCCAGCAGGCGUGCAACAGCUAUGUUGAUAACUGUAGUUAUUGUCUUUGCUUUGUCUUGGCUGCCUUUUCAAACUUUGGAGAUGCUUCGUGGAUUCAACAAGCCACUAUUUUAUUCACUUCCGAUUGAGUUACGAUACACCACACCUUGGUUUGGUUACGCUAACAGUGCUAUUAACCCAAUCCUUUAUGUGAUAUUCUCUGAGAAUUAUCGUCAGGAGUUUUACCGCAUUCUGUGUCGAGGUCCGACCAGGAAGGACCGCUACAGAAGGACAAUCAUAAGCCGA